AUGUUGACCCACCCUGAGAGGGGUGAGGGACGUGGCAGUCACAUCACUGGUAAGAGUGUACACAACCAGCGAAUUGAAAGAUUGUGGAGGGAUGUGUAUCAUGCAUGCCUAUUUAAGUACCAUGCUCUAUUCAGGUUCAUGGAGGACAUUGGUGUACUUGAUGUUGAAGAUGAGGUCCACUUGUUUUGUCUUCACUAUGUCUUUAUUCCACGGAUCAGAAAUCACCUUUCAGAGUUUGCCAGGGGAUGGAAUAAUCAUGGAAUGUCAACAGAAAGAAAUAAGACACCAAUGCAAAUUUGGGUACAGGGGAUGUUCAACUUGUCAAACAGCAACCACAGAUCUGCGAGGGAGUUCUGGGAGCCAAGAGCAAAUGUAAGUCUGCAGCUGCUGCAUUAUUGUUGACCUUGUAUUGUUCUUCAAAAUUAUAUAUGGAACAUUAAUGCAGAAAUUAUAUUAAUUCCUAUCUAUGAUGUUCCAAUAAUACCAUAGUUACCUUUAUACCUGUACUUCCAUUUUUCUAGCCACUUAUUGAUAUGAAUAAAGACAGUAGAGAUUUGGUGAAAAAUUGGGGGGGGGGGGGGGUCAUCGCUGGAUGAAUGUGCCAAUGUGGUAUUUCAAACCCCAUUACCUUGAACGAUUGUAUUUUUCACUACAGGAAGAGUUCAAUGCCUAUGGAGUAGACUGGAAUGGACCUGUGCCUUCUCUUGAGUUUGGAAGUUUACUAGACAAUGAUGUGGAAGGAAUAGAAGUGCCUGACAUUAUGGUUCCAUUCUCACUGCAGACAGUGUCAACCACUUUGAAUAGGAUCAACCCAUUGGGGAGAAGUAAUAACUAUGGCAUAGAUUUAUAUCAAAUGGCAUUGAGUUUGCUCAGAAAUAGAGGCAAUAUUUGA